AUGAUCCGGCGGCACAAACGCGGCGGAUCACGUGAUGGAAUGGCACAACUGUGCGUAUCGCCUGUUGGCCCAGCGCUGUUUUUCGGCUUGAUCGCGCUCGUCGACGCCUUCCAGCAGUUGGAGCAUGUCGUGGUGGGAGACGCUCCACGGCGGUGCCGAUUGACUCAGCUCCAAGUGCUCCACGAGGCGAUGCGCAAGAUCUAUUGGCUGCAGGGCAUACUGUCCGAGGCGCCGGAUGCGACUGGUGAUCCGCUGAAGCUGGAAUUCCCUAUUUACUCGGGAUACCGAAGGGCGUCCUCCUGGAAGUUUGUCGAUGUGCAGCAGCAACCUGCUCAAAAUCAGCUCUUGCCCGCCCACUCGACCGAUUCAUCUGCCUGUUCUGAUGACUCUGGCAGCCCGUCUCCUCCAAUCCAGGAAAAGCGAAAAUCUGCAGAUAAAUCCGUUGAGCUGCACGGAUUUCAGUAUAUCGACCUGCCGAAAUACUUCGAGGCCCGCAAGCAUAAAGGAAAGACAGAUGAAGCGCCGGAAAACCCUCUGAUU